CAGCAGUCUAGGCCACCGGCGCCAGCCCCUCCAACCCAACUAUCUCCACUUUCCCAACCCUGGCCCUGGCCCUACAUAUAGAAAAAGCCUUUCAGACACUGGCCGGGCCAGCAUGAGGGCCCUUCACCUCACUCAGGGGUCAGAGGCCUGGUCCCACCUCCAUUCCUGCCAUUGGGUCUCAGACCUGGUCCCAGCAGGCCUGGAAUGGGGGGUGUGGAGCCAGAGUCACCCAAUCCCCUUGGGACAGGUUUCACAACUUCCCGGAUGGUUCUGUAGUGGGUCACAGUGCAGCUUCCAGGCAGGAGGAUGGGGUGGCUCCCACUCUUGCUGAUGUUGACCCAGUGUUCAGGAGUCCAUGGGCAGCGCUCACCCUUGAAUGAGUUCCAGGUGCUCCGGGGUACAGAACUGCAGCAUGUUGAAGAGCCCGGACCUUGGCAAGAGAACGUGGAGAAUGUGGAGGAGUGUGCGAAACACUGUGUGACCCAAAUGUCCUGCAGGGCCUUCCACUACAAUGUGAGCAGCAAGGGCUGCCAACUACUGCGGUGGACCCAGCACUCACCCCACACCCAGCUACAGCCUUCUGGGGCCUGCGACCUCUUCCAAAAGAAAGCUUAUGUGCGAGCAUGUAUCAUGGACAUCGGGACCCAAUAUAGGGGAGCUGUGUCAGUCACCUCAGGGGGCCUAACCUGUCAGCGAUGGACUCAGAAGUUUCCCCAUGACCACAAGUACAGGCCCACAUUCCAGAAUGGCUUGGAGGAGAACUUCUGCAGAAACCCUGACAAGGACCCCGGUGGUCCCUGGUGCUACACCACAGACAGUUCCGUGCGCUUCCAGAGCUGCGGCGUCAAGUCCUGCCUGGACGCCGCCUGCUUUCGGUGCAACGGGGAAGACUACCGCGGGGCAGUGGACCACACGGAGUCCGGACGCGAGUGUCAGCGCUGGGACCUGCAGCACCCGCACCCGCACCCCUUCGAACCCAGCAAGUUCCAGGACAAGCAUCUGGACGACAACUAUUGUCGGAAUCCGGACGGGUCUGAGAGGCCCUGGUGCUAUACCACCGACCCGCACGUCAAGCGGGAGUUCUGCGGCCUGCAGCCGUGCGGGGCCACGGCACCGCCGCGCCUCGAGGACAUGACGUUCAGCUGCUUCCGCGGGAAGGGCGAGGGCUACCGGGGCACAGCCAACACCACGGCGGCGGGCGUGCCCUGCCAGCGCUGGGACGCGCAGAGCCCACACCAGCACCGCUUCGCGCCCGAGAAAUACGCGUGCAAGGACCUUCGGGAGAACUACUGCCGGAAUCCCGACGGCUCGGAGGCACCGUGGUGCUUCACGUCGCGGCCCGGCAUGCGCGUGGCCUUCUGCUACCAGAUCCGACGCUGUGUGGACGAUGUGCGGCCGCAGGAUUGCUACCGAGGAUCGGGCGAGCAGUACCGCGGCUCAGUGAGCAGGACCCGCAAGGGCACCCGGUGCCAGCGCUGGGCGGCGGACACGCCGCAUAAGCCGCAGUUCACGCCCGCCUCCGCCCCACACGCCCAGCUGGAGGAGAACUUUUGCAGGAACCCCGACGGGGACAGCCACGGGCCCUGGUGCUACACCACAGACCCCGGGACCCCUUUCGACUACUGUGCUCUAAACCGCUGCGAUGAUGACCGGCCGCCAUCCAUCCUGGAGCCUUCGGAGCCGGUGUCCUUUGAGAACUGUGGCCAGAGGGUGACUCGCCAGCACCACGUGGGCGCCCGGCUGCGGGUGGUGGGGGGCCAGCCCGGGAACUCUCCCUGGACCGUCAGCCUGCGCAACCGGCAGGGCCAGCAUUUCUGUGGCGGAUCCUUGGUGAACCAGCAGUGGGUACUGACUGCCCGGCAGUGCUUCUCCUCCUGCCACGUGCCCCUCACUGGCUAUGAGGUGUGGUUGGGAACCCUGUUCCAGAGCCCACAGCCCGGGGAGCCAGACCUGCAGCAGAUCCCCGUGAUCAAGAUGGUGUGUGGGCCCGCCGGCUCUCAGCUACUCAUGCUCAAGCUGGAGAGGCCUGUGACCCUAAACCAGCGUGUGGCCCUGAUCUGCCUACCGCCAGAGCGGUAUGUGGUGCCGCCAAGGACCAAGUGUGAGAUUGCAGGCUGGGGUGAGACCAGAGGGACAGGUAACAGCAAAGUCCUAAACGUGGCCUCACUGCGGGUCAUCUCCAACCAAGAAUGUAACGUCAGGCACAAGGGGCGCGUGCAGGAGACGGAGAUGUGUACGGAAGGGCUGCUGGCCUCCGUGGGGGCCUGUGAGGGUGACUACGGGGGCCCACUUGCCUGCUUUACCCAUGACUGCUGGGUCCUGGAGGGAAUCAUAAUUCCCAACCGAGUGUGCGCUCGGUCCCGCUGGCCAGCUGUCUUCAUCCGAGUCUCUGUGUUUACUGACUGGAUUCACAAGGUCAUGAGGCUGGGCUAGGUCAGCCACAAUCCAGGGACCUUGGUGAGGACAAAGCCUCCUGUCAGACAUAAAGCUACCUUGCCUCUCCA